UUUUUUUUUUUUUUUUUUUUUUUUUUUUUUUUUUUUUUUUUUUUUUGAGGCACAAAGUCUGGAUAUAGAAAUUAGGCAUAUUUAAAUUGCAAAUGACUUCAUGUAUUUGGGCUCUCUUGUCCGUAAACUGUCUCGAGUUUAUACACGCUUCUGCAUAUGACAACUUGAAAGGUCGUUCCUUAUUUGACUUGAUCCACCCUGAUGAAGUCUUAUUAGCAAAGAGAGAUCUUUGCAAGUUUAUGGAUUCUGAAUUAUUGGGAGGAUCUGUUACUAGAUGUCGAUUGAGGGAUUAUUCAAACAAUAAUUUUAUAAUAGCAACGCCAUCUUGGAUUGUCGUAGAUAUCAUUAUGUACGUAGCCACGGAAAAUCUGGUGCUUGCGUUCUUCCAUCGCCAACAAGAUGUCUCGGCGUGUGGAGAUCACCCUGAUAGCUCAAUCAAUCAAUUAAGAUCGUCAUCAUUAGAACUAUAUGGUUAUAAAAAUAAUGCAGCAGCGAAAUCUUCUCCGCAUCAAUUUCUUCACAUUCUGGAUAAUCGGACAAAGUCAGUGCUACUGUCACUGCCCGAUCACUAUCCCAACGAAAUGGAUAAUGGUGCACAGAUAGAAUUUUUCAAUGACCGAACCAUGCCACCAGAGGUAUCUUGUUUUCAUUGUGUUCAGCAAGCUAUCCGCACAACGCCUUCUGGCGAGAAAAUACAUCGUUUUGUCAUUGAAUAUGGGCCUAUUACUUUUUUAUUAACCCAUAUUAAGAAAAGUUUGACAUCGUCAUUACCGUCACCGCCCCUUUAUAACGUAAAGCGGUCAUUAUCAGCUGAAUAUCAGUAUCCAAAAAGAAUACAAUACCAAUACGGUGGGAAACCCCCACCACAAAGAAAGCAUUCUGCACCUACUAAAUUAGAGAACCUGUUAUCACCUGUCAAUAAGCAACAACAACAAUACCAUCAUAGAAAUCACUGUCAAAGUUGUGGUACUGAUUCUAGCCCGGAAUGGCGUCGAGGACCCACUGGACAUAAAACACUCUGUAACGCAUGUGGGUUAAGGUAUUCUCGAUCUGUAGCACGACAAGGAAAGAUCAUUGCAAAUCAACAAAAACAGCAUUCUAUGUUUCAAAGCCAGCAUUCGCCACAGUCCUCGCCGUCUUCAUCGUCAUGUUCAUCUCCUUCGUCUUACAAGAUGAACUAUCAACUUCAAACUUUAGAUUACUACAAUGAUUCGAAUCAAUCAAAUCGUCACCAUAAGCACCAUAUUAGCUAUUCAGUUUUAUAGCUUUUUAUUUUUUUAUUUUUUUGUUAUGAAAAUAAUUUUUUUUUCCUUGUACAACGGCCGAUUCCUCCUUCCAGUACCCCCCGUCCUUUCUUUUAUGUUAUUACCAUAUACACCAGCAAACACAUUGUUACCAAUUUUUACUAUUAAUUUGAUUCAUCACCAAUACCCAUUAUAUUUGUGUAAUAUUACGUAUACGAUUUUAUUCUUUUGUUCUUUCUUUUUUAAGCUUUUUGGAAAAACAAAAAAAAUCAAUAUACCUUCUUUUAUAAAACAAAGCAUACACAACCCUUAUGUAUAAAUAAAAAUAAAAUAAAAAAAUUACGUUUCGGAAUCGUUUCUUUCCGAGAUAUGUACACUUAUACGAA